AUGAUUUCCCCGAAAAAUGACCCGAUGACUACCAGUGAUUUGUCGCUGAGUGACGAGGAAACAGACUUUCAUUCAAAUUCCCAAGACAAUACAAACACAACAGGAAAAUCUCGUUCCCCUAGCUUUGGCUAUGAAUCAUUGGGCGAAGAGGAUGAAAUAUUCGAUGAUUACUGUAACCCGUCGACAUCGAAAGAGAUUCAGUCAGACGAUUUCUCUUUAUCCCCAUUUUUGCAGUAUUUUUUGGCGGGUGUCUGCGAUUUGAGGCCGAAUCAAGAUGAGUACUCGCAUGUGCGAUUUGGGUUGCGACACGCGCAGAGCCAAGAAGUGCGAGAUUUGUUGGAGAAAAUCGAAAAACAGGAUCUUCGAAUCGAUGAACUCGCCGAAAUCCAUCCAAAUGCCAUUGUUACCGUAGUUAAAGAACUCCUCCUCUCUCUACCUCCAAUUUUCGCUCAUGAAGAAUUUUUAUGUCUGCCCGUCGAUUGUUCAGCCGAGUUGGCGUUGUGCUACUUGACGACUCUCAUUGACGGCCUCUCGUCGGAGCAACGCCAGUUAGCGUUUUUAGCGUCAAAAGCCAUCGCUCGUUUGAUUCACGUUGGUGGGAGUACGACGGCCGCUUUGACAGAUGCUGUCAUUCUCUACACUCCAUGCCUUUUCCCAUUGUGCUCAUCAAGGUGUCCAUCGUUUUUGAGAGCCUCUCGAGCAACUCUAUUGUUGAUUGAAAGCUCCGAGUCAUUGUUUGCACCUUAUAUCACGCAUGACCAAUUUUAUACAGAACUAUUUGGUCGAUUGAAUCGUUUACACGAAUCGAUUCUCUCCGACUCUGACGACGAGGAGACUUCAGAGGAAAGUAGUGGAGACUCAGGAGAAAGCUGCGGGAAUCGAUCUGAUCUGAGUCUACGCGAUGACUGCAUGAAACGCGCCCAGAGUUACUACAUGCUCACCUAUGAAUCUGAG